AUGCUUUUUGAAGAAAAGGAUUCUAAGGCUCUUAAGGCAUAUUUGUUAACACUCCUUGAUCCGAUAUCAAAUGCAGAUUUGGAUAUUCUUAGUGAUUAUAUUCUAGCACUGUUAAGACAUGAUCAGUCAGUAGAAGAUGUAAAGAAGCUUUGUUUGAGUCAGUUAGAUGAAUUUUUAAGAGAAAAUACAUUUUCAUUUGUACAGGAUAUUUUUGAUGCACUAGAGAGGAAAACUUAUUUGAAUGAAAACAUGCUAGAAAAAGAAUCAUCAGUUGUAGAAAAAUAUAAAGAAUCGACAAGAAAGCGAUCUUUUCAUCAAACAUCCCUGGAUGCACGGAUUCAUGGAAUAAAUAAUGAGAAAAAAUCUAGAUUUGGAAAAUCCUUUCGUGUAAAUAAUCGUGGAAAUUGGAGAUCAUUUCGUCAAAAAGCACCAUUUUCUGAUAUGUUUUCAUUUUCUCCUGAUUUUCCUAUCAAUUCUACACAAAGAUGUCGAGAUUAUGAAGAAAGGGGAUAUUGUAUGAGAGGUGAUAUGUGUUUUUAUGAUCACGGGAUUGAUCAUAUUGUAAUGGAUGGUCAAUAUUCUGAUGCAUAUGAUCCUACACAAUCUAUUCAUACGAAUCAUUCUGUGGCAAUCACACACUCAGGACUUAACUAUAAAAAUACCCUUAGGAAUGAUAAAGAACAUUUUAGGAAACAUAAAAAAAAUAAUUCGUGUCUCAUAAAAGGACCAAACUAUAAUCAAACAAUAACAACUUUGAUAAUAGAAAAUAUUCCAAAUAGUGAUUUAAACGAGGAAAAUAUACGUUUUUUUUUCAAGAAAUUUGGUGAAAUUUCUAAGAUAAUUGUUAAAAAAGCAGAGCAUAGAGCCAUAUUAAAAUUUAAAGACUGGGAAAGUGCAAAUAAAGCAUGGUCUUCUUCGGCUCCUAUUUUUAAUAAUAGAUUUGUUAAACUGUAUUGGCAUUCCUCUAAAUCUAAUGAUAGAAAUGAUCUUCAGGAAAACAAUAUGGCAUUAGAUACUUCUGAAAAACAUGUAGUAGAUGGUUUACCUAAGGAUAAAUUUAUGGAAAAAAUUGAGAAAAAACAAAAAGAAUAUGAAGAAAGAGAACAAAGAAAAAAACAAAAUGCUAAGGAACGCGAAAUGCUUCUAGAGAAAGAGGAACUUAUUCAAAAACAAUUGGAAGAAAAACGAAAUUUAAUAGCGUUGAUGUCUAAGAAAGAUACAAAUAUACCCGAAUUUCCUCAAAAAGAAGAUUAUGAUAUAAAUAAAUUAGAGCCAUCAGCAUUAUCUAGAAAAGCGUUGGAAACUCAAUUAGCUUCAUUAAAAGCUGAAGCCAAUAAUUUAGGGAUAAGUAUUAAUACUAAAAGUUUAAACACAUCUGGAAAUUCUGGAAACAAAAAGAAAUUAGGAUUUUCUCGAAGUUUUUCAAAAGUUUUUAGACAUAGUUCAGGAAAAAAUACCCUUCGUCGUGGAUCAAUGCAAUUAGAUAAUCGUACAAGAAAAAUUGCAGUAUAUAAUUUGGAUCCAGAUAAAGAUGAGGUUUUGAGACAACAUUUACUUCAUAAUGGAGAAUAUGAAGCUAUCGAGAAAGAUGUUGAUGAUUCUAAUGUUCAAAUUAUCGUCUUUAAAGAUAGAUGGACUGCUGAAAAGUUUCUUCGCAAUGUUUCUACAAUUCCUGAUAUGGAGAAUGUAAAAUUAAAAUGGAAAUAUGAUACGACUAAAAAUUCAGGAAAUAUUUUGGAUCAUAAUCUCACUGAAUUAAAAGAAGCUAGAAAUUCUGAUGGACGUGGAUUUUACGAUGAUGAUGACGAUGUCGAUGAAGCUUUAUGGAGACGAUAA